CCCCCGCGCCAGGCGGAGCCGGAGCCGGAGCCGGAGCGGAGCCGGUGCCGGGGCGGCUCAUUGCGGCGCGGGCGCGGCGGCAGCAUGGCCACCACCGUGCCCUGCACCCGCUUCACCGACGAGUACCAGCUCUACGAGGAGAUCGGCAAGGGGGCUUUCUCGGUGGUCCGGCGCUGCGUCAAGCUCUGCACCGGCCAUGAGUACGCUGCCAAGAUCAUCAACACCAAAAAGCUCUCCGCCAGAGACCACCAGAAGCUGGAGCGGGAGGCCCGCAUCUGCCGGCUGCUGAAGCACUCCAACAUCGUGCGGCUCCACGACAGCAUCUCAGAGGAGGGUUUCCAUUACCUCGUCUUCGACCUGGUGACUGGCGGUGAGCUCUUCGAGGACAUCGUGGCGCGGGAGUACUACAGUGAGGCUGAUGCCAGCCACUGCAUCCAGCAGAUCCUGGAGGCUGUCCUCCACUGUCACCAAAUGGGGGUCGUCCACAGGGACCUCAAGCCGGAGAACCUGCUCCUGGCCAGCAAGUGCAAAGGGGCGGCGGUGAAGCUGGCCGACUUCGGCCUCGCCAUCGAGGUGCAAGGUGAUCAGCAGGCCUGGUUCGGCUUCGCGGGCACACCUGGCUACCUCUCCCCCGAAGUCCUGCGCAAAGAGGCCUACGGCAAACCCGUGGACAUCUGGGCAUGCGGUGUCAUCCUGUACAUCCUGCUGGUGGGCUACCCGCCAUUUUGGGACGAGGACCAGCACAAACUCUACCAACAGAUCAAGGCUGGUGCCUACGAUUUCCCUUCACCCGAGUGGGACACGGUCACCCCCGAAGCGAAAAACCUCAUCAACCAGAUGCUGACCAUCAACCCCGCCAAGCGCAUCACAGCCCACGAAGCCCUCAAGCACCCGUGGGUCUGCCAACGCUCCACCGUGGCCUCCAUGAUGCACAGGCAGGAGACAGUCGAGUGUCUGAAAAAGUUCAACGCCCGGAGGAAGCUCAAGGGCGCCAUCCUCACCACCAUGUUGGCCACCAGGAACUUCUCAGUGGGCAGACAGACCACCGCUCCUCCGACCAUGUCGGCGGCCGCCGCCGGGGCCCCCCUGGGGCUGGUGGAACAAGCAGCUAAGAGCUUACUGAACAAGAAGGCGGAUGGUGUGAAGCCCCAGACCAACAGCACCAAAGGCAGUGCCGGUGUCACCAGCCCCAAGGGGACGCUCCCACCCGCCGCGCUGGAGCCUCAAACUACUGUAAUUCAUAACCCCGCGGACGGCAUAAAGGAGUCGUCUGAUAGCACCAACACCACCAUCGAGGACGAGGACACAAAAGCCCGCAAGCAGGAGAUCAUCAAGAUCACGGAGCAGCUCAUCGAGGCCGUCAACAACGGGGACUUUGAAGCCUAUGCGAAGAUCUGCGAUCCGGGGCUCACCUCCUUCGAGCCCGAGGCCCUGGGCAACCUGGUGGAGGGCAUGGACUUCCACCGCUUCUACUUCGAGAACUUACUCUCCAAGAACAACAAGCCGAUCCACACAACCAUCCUGAACCCCCACGUCCACGUCAUCGGCGAGGACGCCGCCUGCAUCGCCUACAUCCGCCUCACCCAGUACAUCGAUGCCCAGGGCCGGCCUCGCACCAGCCAGUCGGAGGAGACCCGCGUCUGGCACCGCCGCGACGGCAAGUGGCAGAACGUCCACUUCCAUGGCUCAGGGGCCCCCGUCGCCCCGCUCCAGUGAAGAGCUCGCGGUGGCUGUCCUGGUUCCAGCCCGAUGGAGACGGCGAUGGGAGCCGAGCCGGCAGCCGGAGCUGCGGCCCCGAAGCACGCGUCCGCAUGCCUGUCCCCCCCUCCGCCCCGGCCCCUGCUCCUCCCCCCCUCCAGUGCCUGUGUUUGCAGAAAACAAAAAGACAAAAAAAAAAAAAAAAAAAAAAAAAAAAAAAAAAAAAAAAAAAAAGCCAAAAUGACAACAACAACAAAAAAAAGGCAAAAAAAAAAAAAAAGGGGGAAAAAAAAAGAAACCAAAUGAACAAACCCCAAUCCAACCAAACACACACCCAAAAACCAACCCAGCCGCUCGGCCACAGCCAGGGGGGCUGGGGGGGAUGCCUCUGCGCCCAGACACCCCCCCCCGCCUGACUCUGCCUUGGGGGGGGGAGUCUCCUGGCUGGCAGGGGGCGGUGGUGGUGGUGGCGGGGGUCCCGACCCCCCCCGGCUGUGCUUGUGGCGUUUCGCUGUUGCUGGUGGUGGAUGUUGUUCUCUGGACGCCGCGCCGCUUUCGCUCUUUCCCUCCCUCGUCCCUGUACAUAGAGAGAGCUCUUUAUUUUUGAAUUCCCACGGGGGGCCCCCAGCCCCGGGGGGGGGGCUGCUGGCUGGUAAGCGAGGUGGGGGGGGGGGGGCGGGGGGAACCAACACCUGACCCACUCCCCCCCCCCCCCCAAAGUCUGCUGCUGCCCCAGGAGCAAUGCCCACGGGGGACCGAGGCUGAUCGUGGGUGCUGCUGGGGUGGGGGCAUGGUGGGUGCCUUUGGGAGGGUCCCCUGGCGGGCACCCCUGUGUCCCCAUCCUGCUGACAAAGACCGGGCACCCAGCACCUUGAUUCCCCCUCCCCAGGCAGGCGGGUGGCUGGGUGCCGGCUCUGGGUGCUGGUGGCUUUUUUUGGCAGGGGUAACGGGGUUGGGGGGAGAGGGGGGAAUGUGGGUGCCACGUAAUGGGGCUGGGGGGGGGGGGAGGUGGCCGGGGGGCUGUGGCCCAGGUGGCGGGGAUCGGGGCGGGGGGAUCGGGGUGAUCCAGCCAGCACUGACGCAGCAUCGAAAGCACUUUAGACUAAGAGAACGGGUCUCUUAGGGGGCACAGGCUGCUCCGCCAGGUGCCGGGGGUCCCCCCGCCGCUCCCCCCCCCGCCAUGGCACAGGGGCACUGGGCAGCGCUCCCGGCUCUGGCCAAGGGCAUUUGCUCCCCUUCCGCAUCCCUUCCCCCCCGGCCAGCACCCGGGGGGACCCCAUCUCCCACAACUCCCCUUCCCCGGGGGAGGCAUCACCCCACUCCGGGCACUUCCCGGCUCGGCCACGCGUUUUCCCCGGGGGUUCCCCUUCCUCCAUCUCCACGUCCGGAGGCGCCGUGUGUUGCUGGGGGCUGAUUUUGGCUGUGGGGGGGUGGGGUGUGGGGGGGUGUAAGGGCGGGAGGGCCGGGGGAUAUUUUUUUUUUUUUUAAAUUAUUAUUAUUUUUUUCUGCAUGCCCUUUGCGCGGGAGCAAACCUCGGGCGCUAACGCUGUAUGUCGAGGAGCUGAGCUGAGCUGUUACUGUCCCAUGAAUGCUGGUGGAUCGUUGCCAAAUUUUUCUCUUCUCCUCCCCUUUUCUCUCAUUCUUUUUCCAAUCCCCCCACCCCCGGCAUAUUCCCCCCCACCCGACCCCUUUGUCUUUUCUUUCUGAGCCUUGUAAGUGUAAAAGAUGACUCUGAUUUCGUUUUUGUCUCGGGAAAACUGCAAAUAAAUUAUGAGGAAAAACAA